CUUCAGGACAGAUUUAAAUUAAAUAAAAUCUGACUGAGCAAAGUCAUGAGAAACGAAUCGUCCAAAUUAUGCAUUUGCCAAAUAUGUAACUGUGGUCGGCAUAAAUGCCCACACCAAAAACGUAAAACUCAGAUAACUAAGCCAUGUGAAAUUUCUGAAUAUACUACACAGUAUAUCACUCAUAAGCUUACACCAGUGGAAUCAUGUAAACCACCUCAUAAAGGUGUACAAGCUGAAGGUCAUAUGGCGUCGGAUACUACACACCGGGUUGAUUUUAUACCUCAUCCACUGAGUAUUCAAAAUAGUUGUAGAAAAGAAGCACAAUAUCAGCCACCACAGGGGACAUUCGAUGGUUUAACUACAUACACAAAGGAAUAUACUGGAAAAUCUGGUCAGCUGGUUGUUCCAGUUAAACCAACUAUUAGAAAAGGUUCCACAGCUAAAUUUGAUGGUGAAGCCACCUAUACUGCUGACUAUAGACCAUGGAAAUUGGAACGACGUGAACUUGCUACAGGUAGAGAAUCGAACUGGCCGAAACCCAAUCUACCAUUUUCUGGAACUCCCACUUAUACAUCUGAUUAUGUUGCAUAUAAUGCAAAACCUCCAAUCAGUUGUAAACCAAUGCACUGUUUCGUUGAAAAUCAAACACCAUUUCCAGAUAGUACUGAUUAUCGUGAUUCAUAUCGUACAUUAGAUUUAUCAGAACGAGCUCGUCCAAUUAAAAAUGUUGAGCAUACACAUAAAGUUACUGUACCAAUGGAACAUUUAUCAACACAUAUGCAUGAUUAUUAUUGGAAGACUAUGAUACCAUCAGUCUCAUGUAAACCGGAAUAUACGGGUAUUCAAAAUAACGAACCAUUUCAUAAAGACACAACUCAUCGAAUUGACUAUAAAGCUUGGGAACUAACUGAUAGAACUGCGCCUAUCUCGGCUAAUCAUGCCUCAACUUAUCCCGAACCACUAGGAAAAAUGUGUUCUGAUACAACCUAUAACAAAGAUUAUAUACCGUUUGGAUUGCAGAAUCGUCAAGCAAUUCAUCAAGUAGAUAAAAUCGGUCGUGGCGUUGAACUACCACCAUUUCAGGGAGUUUCUGAUUAUAAAGACAGUUAUCGGUGUUGGGCAAUUGAACCCCCAGUCAAAGGUUUAGGUAGAGAAGCAACUUACACUAUACCGAAUGUAAAAUUUGAAGGUAAAAGUACCACAAAUGAUCAUUAUGUGCCACAUUUAAAUUAUCGACCACCGGAAUCUUUCAAACCACAUGGUCAAGUUACAGCUAAUCAAACACCAUUCGAUGAUGCAACUUUAUAUCGUAUGGAGUAUACACCGAAACAUUUGGAACCUUGCCCAGCUAGUCUACUUAAUACUGGACUAAGCAAAUAUGUUUAUGCUGAAACGAGUGAUACGGGACACGAAAUCUAUCGUAGAGCAUCCAAUUCUUCAUCAAUAACUAAUGGUCAAUAUUCUGAACAACAUCUGAUUACAAUUCCAAAUGAACCGUUAACAGUAGCAAAUUGAAUGAACAAAACAAAAACUUGAAAUUCUCUUUAUUCUCUCUAUUUUGGCUUGGAGAUAUAUAACUCUAUAAAAACCUUUCAUUAGUACUUAUUUGUAAUAGUGUUCUCUUUUCUAAUGAGGGCUAAUUAAUAGCUUUUUUUCUCAAUAAACGGUAGACUACCUUUGAAUGCUUUAAAUACUCAAUGUUCCACAGUCCCAUACUGUUUUAAUCAACUCUGAGCAAAAAGAUUUGUUUUUUUUAAAUUCAUUUUGCUGAAUAAUGGUUUUAGUGACUUAUCAUUUUAUUACUUUGUUAGUAGUGUUGUUUUUUUAUUCAGAGCACUUAAUUAAUCUUAUUUAUCACCUCUAUUAUUUUUGUUAAAAUUGCGCCUUAAAUCAAAAGUCAAUUGUUUGUUUGUUUGUGUUUGUCCUAAUUGCUUUCACCUCCUUUUUUUUUAUUCACUUUUUCUGCGAAAAAAUUUUUUUUAUUCUCAUUUAAACACUUUUUCUUUUUCAGUUGUUGUCACUUUUUUUGUUUUGAACUACCUGGAAUAUGAGUUUUAAUCAGUUUUAUUGACCAUAUCUUCAUAGAUUAUGGAAACAUUUCAAUAUUUAUGAAUUGUUGAUAUUGGUCAGAAAAAUGAACUGCACAAAAUCAAGUUUCGAAAGUAAUACACUUUUUAGAAAACUACCAUACGUGUUCAUUGUUACUGGCGUAAUAAUAAUAAUAGCCAGUAAACAUCUAGUUUUAUUUCAAAAUUAUUACUGAAUUCAAUACAGUUAUAGUCAUGGAUGUAUAUCAACUAGAAAAUCUAUUGAAUAUUACAAUGCAAUAGAUAGAUAUUUUUUUCCCUAAAUCGAGACCCCUUAAUAUUUUGUUUAAACAACUUUGCAUGAAGUCGAACUCAGAAUGUUCAUGUCUUAUACUAAGGGCAUAACACCCCGAAAUCACUCAUGAGGUAUCCAGUGAUCAAACUUCAAUCGCUUUACAUUAUUGCACGACUGUUUUUUAGUGGCAUCUGAGAUGGAAUAGUCUCACUUCAGUGUUUGAGAAAUGUUCAUAAUCCUUCAGUUGAAGUCAGUAAAUGAUUCCACUGACUUGAUCAUAAGUUUGGUUAGAUAGUGACACUAAAACAUAUUCCAAAUAACUAAUCAGUGUUACGAUAUCCAAAUAUGUAAGUCGUCUAGUUUCACCAUAAUUUUUUUCUUGUCUAUGCUGCAAAAGAACAGGGCAUUAAUAAAUCAGAAUUCAUGCAUAUAGGGUGAAAUAUAAACCUUCUAGAAUACCAUAUUCGAUUGAAGACUUGACCUGUGAUUGUAAAGAAUUUGAAUCUAGGAAAAAUAACGCUCUAUGCAAAUUUCUAAUCAACCUAAAUUUUAAAUGUAAAUGUAAAUAAAUUGUUGAUUUGCCUAACAUCAGAAUACAUUGUCUAGUAGGUUUAUACCGACCAAAAUUUCAAGUGAAAAUAUCAUCAACUCAUUGACCACUGACUUAAAAUCAUAAUUUCUAACUUGCCUGCUUCUUAUUACUUACAUUUCCAUGAUCAACACAGUAUUCCCAAGCUACAAAGUUCAGAUGGUCACUUACUUGCUUAAUCAACAUGAUAUUUAAUACGAUUAUCAUCAUCAU